AUGCCUCCUCAUCAAAACCCCGAUGGCGAGCCCUGCUUCUAUAGCGGGGAUGCUCAGGCCAGCGCGUGGUACUUCUGGUCCCUCGAUACCCAGGGGCGGUCGCAUGCUGAGGGCUGCGCGCAACAGUGGCAACCACAACGGCCACCGAACGGGCCAUCGUGCGAUUGCUGGAACCGCGCCUGCAUUCAAGGGAGGGUAUGGUUCGCAAGCAAGACUAGCGAUCGCCCGCGACGAAAAUGGAUGGACGAGAAGGCGCAGCAGUACGGCGGCCAGCCGCGAAAGUACUACACUGGCCACCCGCCCCUCCCGAUGGUCACCCGCUUCAACGCCAAUGCAGAGGCGCCUCCUGCAACUGCCUCCAACACCAGUGGAGCAGCGAGCUCGAGCUCGCCUGCAGUGGCGCCCGCAUCAGCGCCCUCCGGUGCCGUACAGCAGGAUGGUGGCGGCUUGGAGCCGGAGUGGGAGCUUCUCGCCUUCCGCGGACGCCGGCCAGCAUUGUGCGUCUCAAGCGGAGGCAGCAGCAUCCGCAGCACGCCACCGCGGUUGACCAUGGCUGCCGAGGAUCUAGACCCGUCGCGCGUGGCCGCCACCAUCGCGUCCGUGCUACUCGGCAUCGAGGCGAGCGCACGCGCAAGCCAGACACCGCAGUCGCGGCCGCUGCCGCCAACGCAGCCACCACUGCUGCCGCCAGAGGUGCUGUCGCUCUCCGUCGAGCUGGUUAUGCUCACAGAGAGCCAGCCCGACCUUGCCGCCUCGGCAUUGCUCCUUUCGUUGGGCGACGACGGCGUCGACCCGGGCCUGAUUCGGGCGGCGCUGGACCGUCGCGAGGAGACGCUGCGGCGCAGUCUCUCGCUCGAGGAGAAUGCAGCGAUGGGCACUUGGGCAACCGUCUUUGAGCGGCUGCCUCUGCGCGGAGACAUCGUGCCCGUCUGGUCGCACACCGACGAGACGGGCACCUACGCGUGCAUCCGCCUAAAGCUGAAGCCCGCGCUGGUGCUACUCGGCCUCGAGCCCGCGCAGCGUGGCGAGCUGCAGCAUGUCUGGCCGAUCGCAGAGUGCCUCGCCAAAGCUGCGCAUUACAACUACGCGGAUCUGGUCACGCGCGUGCUCGCAUCCUCGCCGCAUCUGCUCGACUACCACGUCGAGCUGGGCUUGCCGCAGCGGGGCGCGUACGAUUGCGCGCCCAUUGGAUUCGCGUGCAUGGCACCGCUGAGCGAGGCGCAGGCGCGCACCGUCCAGGCCAUCCUGGCCGCGGUGCAGAGGCGUGCGCUGCAACACGGAGUGGAGCCCUUCCACAAAUUCAGUCCGGGGCUGGACCACGGGCUCUACUCGGCAGAGUUCAACGCGCUCCAGCAGUGCUUGAAGUGCGGCAACGCCGGCUGCGCACGGCUGUUGCUCGACGCCGGAGUGCCGGCGGACGGCGUCGACCCCGACCUCGCCGCCGCGCUCGACCGGCUGCAGCUGGGGGAGCGCCCUUCCCACCCCCACAUUACCGACGACCUCGUGGCCGAGGCGAUGGGGGUCUUUGGCGGCAACCACGCCAUGGCUCUUGGCUAUCUCGUCGGCAGGCUCCGCCUCGAGGACAGGCCCCCGCACGGUGGAUGGGCGGCGCUGGACCCUGGCGGCGUCAAGGCAAAGGCGCUGCGAGACAAGCACACGGCCGACGCGCAGAUCCGAGACUUGCGCAGCCAGAUGCUCUUUGCCGAGUCGACGCAGCUGCGCGAGGAGCUGCUCCGCGAGCAGCGCGAUUGCGCGCAGAGGCGGGGCGACCUCCUGCUGGCCUUCGUGUGCAACCCCGACCACCCAAACCACCUCGACGACGCGCUUCCGCAGGCGCUCAACGACGCGCUCGCCGCCUCGCACGCCGUCCCCGCUUCGAUCAUCGGCGGCACGGCCUUCUCCCUCCGCAAGGACAAGCCCCAGCCCGUCCACUACAAGGUGCUGAAGAGGCGACAGGAGGCGCAGGCCGCCGACCGCGACUGCACCUUCGAGAGGCUCGAGGCCGAGCUGGCGGAGCGCGGCGCGCGGGGCAGGUCGCCUUGCUACUUCCUCUUCUCGGGCCACGCCAACCUGCACGACGAGGGCCGGCCAAAGCGGCUCGGCUUCACCGACUCGGAGGGCAACCUCGCACCGGCUGACAAUGACCGGGUGGCGGCGCUGCUGGGCGAGCAUGCGCGCACCCACCCGGGCUCGAGCGGCACGAUCGAGCUUGUCGUGCUCAACGGCUGCGGCUCGUUGGAUCUCGGGCGCAAGUGCCGCAGCCGCGGCGUGCCGGUGGUCGUCUGCUGGGAGACGGACGUGCAGGAUGAGGCGGCCUACCUCUUCGUGCGCGGCUUUUUCCGCAGCCUCGCCGAGAGCCGGGACUUUGAAGUCGCAUUCCGCGCCGGCAAGGCCGCUGUCCGGAGCAAGACGCGACUCGUCCUCGAGGGUGCUCGCACGAGGACGGUGCCCUUCUUUGAGCUCACCGCGCCCGGCCCCGAGCCCGCAAAGCCGCUCCCGAGUGGAAGCUUUGCGGCGGGCGAAUACUUUUGGGGGCUCGGGCUUGGCGCACAGCUUGUCUCGCUCAAGUUCGGGCUGCUCGCGGCGCUGCUCAAGGGCCACGUCUACCACCUGCCGACCUCCCACUACACCAACCCGGUCGCCUGCCCCUCUCGCUCGUUCGACUGCUACUUUGAGCCCGCCUCCAACUGCACGCUGGCGACGCACCGCAAGGUCAUCCAGGUCGGCAUCCGUUGGUGCACUGACGUGCCCGAGGGUCGUCUGGGCAGCCUGGCCGGCCUCGCUGAGCCGCAUCCGAAGGAGUGGUUCCACGCGCAGCUGACGGCCUUCCUCUUCCGCCCAAGCGUGGCGAUGCGCUCCCUCCUCGUCGAGCUCUCGGGCUCACUCACCACCUCGGACCCGCUCUCAAACGCUUCGCGUACCGUCGCAGAGGCCGCGAGGGGCGAGGUGCCGACCGUGCUGUCCAGCGUGGACCCCGCCUUCGGGCAGCUCGCGGAGAGGGCGGUGGGCAAGCUAAAUGGCAAGGGCAAGGGUAAGGGCAAGGGAAGGGGGGCGCGGCGGCUGCAGGAGGCGGCGGGCGGCGGCGGCGGCGGCGGCGGCGGGGUCGCCGUUUUUGACCCGGCCCGCUGCGUCGCCGUGCACGUCCGCCGCACAGACAAGUUCAAGACGCGGCGGCGAGAGGACCGGCUGCCUCCCAAGUCGUUUCCAGAGUACGCGCAGCUGUACCGCGGCUGGGCGUACUGGCGGCAGACCAGGCCGCCCGCCGAGCUGCAGCUGCUCGUCGGAUCGGAGGACAAGCACACGUACUCCCUCUUCCCGCCUCUGGUCGCGCCGUCCGUCUCGUACUGGGUGCCGCCUCGCUUCUUCGUGAUGGACAUGUCCGAAGGCAAGACCUUCAAGUCGAUCAACCAGGGCAACUCGCGCCUCGAGCAGGCCAUCUCCCCAGACGAGGGGAUGGUGCUCGUGGCGCAGAUGAUUCUGAUGGGACGCUGCGCCGCCUUCAUCGGCAGCUGCACCUCGUGCGGGCGGGCGCGCGGCGCGUGA